GACUGUGGAUUCCUUUUUUGUUUUGGGCAUCAUUUUCAUCAUCCCUGGAGUGCCGCCUAACUUGUUGUUUCCCAUAACUUAACGUUUCCCUUUUCCGUUUCUUCAAUUCAAUUCAUAAUCCAAAAAUCAAUUAGAAUUAGAAUUCAAUAAAAUCAAAACCAAACAUAAAGUUAAUUUUUUUUUUUUUUUUGGACAGAGAAAAAGAAAGCAAUUAUUCACUUUCUCAAGUAUCCAUCCAUCUCCUUUGCCAGCUCUACAGCUUUUUCUUCUCCUUCUCCUCUUUCUCAUUUUCAAUUCUCUCUUUCUAUUUCUCUUUUUCUGAAUAGUAUAAUACCCAUAACUCAAUCACUCACUCCCAUCAUCAUAUUCAAUUCUUACACAAUUAAUCUUUUCGACUCAAGAUCUUAAUAAGGCAUUGUAUCGAGUUGAAAAAGUGCUUCAGUAUUUCUUUUAAGAAAGGAAAUAAGAAGGUUGCUACAGAAUGGCCAGCAAUACAAAGGUUCUGGAUCCUGCAUUUCAGGGAGCAGGGCAGAAAAUAGGAACUGAAAUUUGGAGAAUUGAAAACUUUGAGCCAGUUCCAUUGCCAAAGUCUGAACAUGGUAAAUUCUACAUGGGGGAUUCAUACAUUGUUUUGCAGACUUCUCCUGGCAAGGGAGGUGCCUAUCUGUUUGAUAUCCAUUACUGGAUAGGAAAGGAUACGAGUCAGGAUGAAGCUGGAACAGCAGCAAUCAAGACAAUCGAGCUUGAUACAGCUCUUGGAGGUCGUGCUGUGCAGCACAGGGAACUCCAAGGCCACGAGUCUGAUAAGUUUAUUUCAUACUUUAAACCAUGCAUUAUUCCAUUGGAGGGGGGUGUUGCUACAGGAUUCAAGAAAGUUGAAGAAGAAAAGUUUGAGACUCGUCUGUAUGUUUGCAAAGGAAAACGAGCUGUCAAGCUGAAGCAAGUUCCUUUUGCUCGCUCUUCACUAAACCAUGACGAUGUCUUUAUCUUGGAUACCGAAAACAAAAUUUAUCAAUUUAAUGGUGAAAACUCCAACAUUCAAGAAAGAGCAAAGGCUCUUGAAGUAAUUCAAUUUUUCAAGGAAAAGUACCAUGAUGGUACCUGUGAAGUUGCAAUUGUUGAUGAUGGAAACCUACGAACAGAGUCAGACUCGGGAGAAUUCUGGCUUCUAUUUGGGGGGUUUGCACCAAUUGGCAAAAAAAUCGCAAGUGAUGACGAUAUUACUUUGGAGAGAACUCCUGGGAAGCUUUAUAGCAUUACUGAUGGUCAAGUGGCACUGGUAGAAGGUUCAUUAUCUAAAGGCAUGUUGGAGAACUACAAAUGCUAUUUACUGGAUUGUGGUGCUGAGGUUUUUAUUUGGGUUGGUCGGGUUACUCAAGUGGAGGAAAGAAAAGCCGCCAGUCAAGCUGCAGAGGAAUUUAUUUCUAGCGAAAACAGGCCACGUUCAACUCGCAUAACUCGUGUCAUUCAAGGGUAUGAGACGCAUGCAUUCAAGUCCAAUUUUGAGUCCUGGCCUGCAGGUGCCGUAGCUUCUAGUACUGCUGAGGAUGGAAGAGGAAAAGUAGCAGCUUUGCUCAAGCAACAAGCACUUGGUGCUAAAGGAACUGCAAAAACUACUGCUGUAAAUGAAGAAGUCCCACCUUUGCUUGAAAAUGGCGGGAAACUUGAGGUAUGGCGUAUUAAUGGAAGUGCCAAGACUCCAGUUCCUAAGGAGGAGAUUGGUAAAUUUUACAGUGGAGAUUGCUAUAUUGUCCUAUAUACGUACCACGCAGGCGACAAGAAAGAGGACUACUUUUUGUCAUGUUGGAUAGGAAAGGAUAGCGUUCAGGAAGAACAAAUGAUGGCUUCUCGAUUAGCUAACACGAUGUCUAAUUCAUUUAAAGGCAGGCCUGUUCAGGGUCGUGUCUUUCAAGGGAAGGAGCCACCACAGUUCGUUGCGAUAUUUCAGCCUAUGGUUGUUCUCAAGGGUGGGAUAAGCUCUGGUUAUAGGAAGUCUAUAGAAGACAAAGGUGUAAAUGAUGACAGUUAUUCCACUGAUGGUGUUGCACUCAUUCGGAUUGCUGGGACAUCUCUGCAUAAUAAUAAAGCAGUGCAAGUUGAUACGGUGGCAUCAUCCUUGAACUCCAAUGACUGCUUCCUUUUGCAAACUGGAUCAUCACUAUUCACAUGGCAUGGAAACCAGAGUACCGCCGAGCAGCAACAAUUAACUGCAAAAAUUGCAGAAUUCUUAAAACCAGAUGUUGCUAUGAAAUAUACGAAGGAAGGAACCGAGAGUUCAGCAUUCUGGCAUGCACUGGGAGGGAAGCAAAGUUACACAAGCAAGCAGGAAUCGCAAGAGAUUGUUAGAGAUCCUCACUUAUACACUUACUCAUUCAAUAAAGGGAAGUUCGAGGUAACAGAAAUAUACAACUUCUCCCAGGAUGACUUGUUGACUGAGGAUAUGUUGAUACUCAACACACUUGCGGAGGUGUUUGUGUGGGUUGGUCAGUCUGUUGACUCCAAAGAAAAGCAAAAGGCAUUUGAGAUUGGGCAGACAUACAUCGAGCUGGCAUCAGCUUUGGAUGGGUUAUCUCCUGAUGUAGCAUUGUACAAAGUCACAGAAGGGAAUGAACCAUGCUUUUUCACAACAUAUUUCUCGUGGGAUUUCGCGAAAGCCCAUGUUCAAGGGAACUCAUUUCAAAAGAAGCUAGCUUCACUCUUUGGGGGAGGACAUGCUGUGGAGGAUAAAUCUAAUGGUUCAAACAGUGGAGGACCAACUCAAAGGGCUUCAGCUUUAGCUGCCUUAAAUUCUGCAUUCAGUCCAUCCUCUGGUGGCACAAAAACUGCAGUUUCACGGCCUUCCUCUUCAACCCGAGGAUCAUCACAAAGGGCAGCUGCUAUAGCAGCCCUUUCUGGUGUUCUAACUGCGGAACAGAAGAAGCCAUCACCUGAUGUCUCUCCAUCUCGAGCUAGAGGAAGUCCAGUCAGGAAGGCCCGCGAUGCUGAGGAAAAGAGUGAGAGUACUGCUUCAGAGGUCGAAGCUCCUCCAGAAGUUUCAGAAGUAGUAGAGGAAGUAAAGGAAACAGUAGAGGAAGUAAAGGAAACUAUGGAAGAUGAAGUAGAGUCAGUAUCAAUAUCCGAAAACAAUGGAGAAGACACUGAGGAAAAGCAAGAGGAACCACAGGCAGAUGAGAUUGCUGCUGGAAGUACUACUUUCAGUUAUGAUCAAUUAAGGUCCAAGUCAACUGAUCCUGCUCAGGGAAUUGACUUUAAACAAAGAGAGGCCUACUUGUCUGACGAAGAGUUCCAGACAGUACUUGGGAUGACGAGAGAAGCUUUUUAUAAGCAGCCAAAGUGGAAGCAAGACAUGCAGAAGAAGAAGGUGGAACUCUUUUAAGUGGGAAUUGCCAAACUAAGAAACGAAAAGUUGAUUUAUUUUUUGUCAACUCUUAUUUUACCGAUUAUUUGCUUCUCAUCAUCAUGUUGUCUAUUUUCCAAUUUGGAAAAAAAAAGGGGUGUGAUUUAAAAGAACAGAAAGGUGUGUAUCACACCGAAUUUGCUAUAUCUAGGGUGUUGUGUGAUUUCCCAGUUGAGGAAGAUAGCUGCUUCUAGUAAGUCACCACUGUUAACAACCACAGGAUGCACUACCAGUUGGGGGCAUUUUAGUUUCGAGGUUGUUCCCAGCCGUUUGAGGUCUGGGAUUGUAUUUUUAGGGCAUCUAUGAUGGCAGUUGUGACCGUAGGUGAUAUUCUUUUAUUUGUGAAAGUUGGGGGGUUGUUUGUCAACCAUUAAAAUGGUUAGAAAGAGAGACAUAGAUGGUUUGCUGAAGUUGUUUUGUAUGUAUUGUCAUUUGAUGUUGAUUACUAUUGAUUCUUCUUCAGUUUUAGUGAUUUUUACUAAAUAACAGACUGUACUUAAUCCUGUA